GGAUUUAAUGUAAUUAUAACAAGGACAAGGCCGGUAUUUGAAGCAAGAGUAAGGGUAUUUGUGGAACUAGGAGGCAGUAGCCACCUGGUUUCUUUUAUUAAGUUGGCCAAAAAAAAAAGAUAUUUUUUCUUUUGUCUUUUUGUUGUAUAAAUAUGGCAAUGCAACGAUAUGAAUAACGUGACGUGUUGUUUUGUGAUCCCGUUAAUGCUUCUGAAAGAAGAAACAAGUGACGUGUACGCAUGUUCCAACAUCCAACUGUGCUUUGAAUGUUCUCGUCUAAAUAUAUACGUUAAGUAAUGAAAAGAAAAUAAUUAAGAGAAAAAAUAAAACAAGAGUCCAGAUUUUGCUGAACCUUUUACAGUUGGAUCGGAGCUGUCCGAAGAUGAUGAAGAUGAUGAUAUAAUAGAUGUUUACAUUCACAUUCAGAAGUAUUACUGUUUAUAGACUUUAUUGUGUCUGAAAUAAGUGGCUGAGUGUGUCCAAAAUGACAAAUUUAUGUUACGAUGAAAUAUCGAACAUUUUCUUUGGAGGAAAAAUUUGAUAUUCUUCACAAAAUAAAAUCUGAUGAAAGUGUGUCGUAUAAUUGCUGGCAUAGCAAAACUAUGGCGUGGCUUUUCAGCUAGGUAUUUCUCAUCCUGGGUGUGUGUUGGUGAUGAAGAUGCUUCAACUGGAACUUGCUUGCAGGGUUGAGUGUGAAACCUGUUGUUGUUUUUCUGAGGCUGCAAGCGUGGGUUCUUUGAUUGUUAUCAUUGUGGAUGCGCAUGGUGUGGUAGAACUGGAAGAUUGAUGUCAGUGUCGUCACAAUAAAAAUUUUGAAGAAAAAAAAAAUUCGAAGAUUUCGACUCCUGCCUCCAUGGCCUUAGAAGUGAAUCCAACUGUCGGUGUGCUUUGUGUGUGUGACUCCAUUGCUUGGAUGUGGAAAUAUCAUUUUCAGGCCUGACAAAUCUGUUAUGGUUGCUAUGAUGAGUAUUCAGCUUGCGCUCCAAUUGUCAUAUCCUAAACUUACCAGGCGUCCUUUUUUCUUUGCAAGACCCAACCCAUUUAAUCAAAUAGUAGAGUUUGUGUCCGUCCAAAUGAUAGACUAAAAUGAAUAUGGGUUGGACCAUUUAGGCCAACUCAUAAAUUUCUGAGCCCAUUAUAUUCGACUGACCCAAACUCCACCGUUUCCAUCAAAUAUUGAGGCCCGAUUUUCGUUCCCAAGGGGCAAGAACCGACGUCGUGUUAAACAGCCCUGAAAAUUUGAAAUCCAACCAAGAUCUGAAUUUCGGACAAGACAUCACAAUUCACAAAAACAAUCAGAUCCGGAAAGCGGAUUCCAUUCUCCUUACAAACUCAACUACUUACUUCCAUUUCCUGUCUAAACCGCCGUAACAGCCAAGCCAACCGUCCCAACCGGCGCAAUAAAUUCACAAAAAUGACGAAAAUACCCUUACUCCUACUCCUCCUCCUCCUCCUUUUCCUCUCCUUCCUCUCCUCCACCACCGCCGAGAUCAAAACCUUAACCAUCAAAUCGGACUCCCGUCCCAUGAUCCUCUUCGAAAAAUUCGGUUUCACCCACACUGGCCAUGUCGAAAUCUCCGUUUCCUCCGUCUCCGUCUCUUCCUCCCUCAACGCCCCAAACCCCGACGCUUCCCGCCUUGGCUUCUUCCUCUUAUCUGAAGAAUCUCUUCUCCAAGUCCUACUCGAGAUCCAACAGAACCCUCACUUUUGCGUUCUCGAUUCUCGCUACAUCCAACACCUCUUCACUUUUAGCGACCUCUCACCACCUCCCCUCUCCCGUUUCAACCGCUCUUACCCCGUUUCUUCCCCCAAUGAGUACUCUCUCUUUUUCUCCAAUUGCGCUCCCGAAACGCGUGUUUCGAUGAAUGUCCGAACCGAAAUCUACAACCUCGACCGCGACGGUUCUAAAGAUUACCUCUCCGCCGGUCUAACCCAACUCCCUUCUCUUUACACCUUCUUCUCAAUCCUCUACUUAGGCUUCUUGGGUUAUUGGAUCUACGUUUGUUAUACAAACAAACGAUCCGUACACGGGAUCCAUUUAUUAAUGGCCGGGUUGCUUUUGUUCAAAGCUGUGAAUCUGAUUUGCGCUGCCGAAGAUAAGCAUUUUGUUAAAGUUACCGGAACUCCUCAUGGUUGGGAUGUUUUGUUCUACAUUUUCCAAUUUAUUCGUGUCGUUUUGUUAUUUACUGUUAUUGUUUUGAUUGGCACCGGUUGGUCGUUUUUGAAACCCUUUUUACAAGAAAGGGAAAAGAAAGUUUUAAUGAUCGUGAUUCCGCUUCAAGUUUUAGCAAAUAUUGCUUCGGUUGUGAUCGGAGAAACUGGGCCAUUCAUCAAAGAUUGGGUGACAUGGAAUCAGGUGUUUUUGCUGGUUGAUAUUAUCUGCUGUUGCGCGAUUAUUUUCCCAAUUGUUUGGUCGAUUCGUUCAUUGAGAGAAACAUCGAAAACUGAUGGGAAAGCGGCGAGGAAUUUGGCCAAGUUGACUCUGUUUAGGCAGUUUUAUAUUGUGGUGAUCGGAUAUUUGUAUUUUACAAGAAUUGUUGUGUUUGCUUUGAGGACGAUCGCAGCUUAUAAGUAUCAAUGGGUCAGCAAUGCAGUUGAGGAGACCGCGAGUUUGGCGUUUUAUUUGGUGAUCUUUUAUAUGUUUAGGCCAGUGGAGAAAAAUGAGUACUUUAUUCUUGAUGAGGAAGAUGAAGAGGCUGCUGAACUUGCUCUUAGAGAUGAAGAAUUCGAGCUUUGAGAAUAUGGGGGCAGUUGAAAUUACUUUUGAUGCAAAUUGGGAUUAGUUUGCAGGUUUCUUUUAGUGAAUUUUUCAGAUACAAAUUGCUGCAUCUGGUCUGCAACUGUUGCUGCUUUUCUCUUUACUGUUUUUCAUUUUGUUUAACUUGUUACAAGAACUUUAAUAUGUUUCCAUUUAGUUACUGUAUUUCUGCUUGAUGAAAUUCUCACAUUAUGAAUCUCAUAAUGAAUUUUGCGCUAUAUUCAAUUUAAUCUUUCCCAAUGAUUCAUUAUUAGGCU